GAUCAUGUGACCCCCGGUGCCCGUUAAAAGCGCGGUGCGCGCAGCCGGUGCGAGUGGGAGACGGAGCGCGUUCAGGGAAAAGAGAGGGUGACAACUGACCAUGUCUCUGUACCGGAACUCAGCAUGGUUCCUCAAAGGACUCACCGAAUUUACCAAGGGGUCCUAUGAAGCUUCAUCUAAGCGAUUUGUGGAGAAAGAUCUGGAGGUGUCAGCAGCGGGCAAAUCCUUCAUGAUCACCGGUGCUAACAGCGGCAUCGGCAAAGCCACAGCCAUGGCCAUCGCAAAGAAAGGUGGUACGAUCCACAUGAUCUGCAGAAACAAAGACAAAGCAGAGGAGGCCAGAGCUGAAAUCGUCAAGGAGACUGGAAAUAAAGAAAUCUAUGUGCACAUCUUGGACCUAUCAGAGACCAAGAAGGUGUGGGAGUUUGCUGAGGCCUUCAAAAAGAAGUACAAAACCCUCAAUGUUCUGAUUAAUAAUGCAGGCUGUAUGAUGACCAAGAGGGAGGUAAACGCAGAGGGCUUAGAAAAGAGCUUUGCCAUCAACUCACUGGCUGUGUAUAUUCUCAUUAAGAGCCUCAUUCCUCUACUGGAGAAAAGCCCAGACCCCAGAGUGAUCACGGUGACAUCAGGUGGGAUGCUGGUCCAAAAGCUGCGGACAGGAAACCUCCAGUCCCAGAGAGGGAGAUAUGAUGGCACCAUGGUGUACGCCCAAAACAAGAGGCAGCAGGUGGUCCUGACCGAGCAGUUCGCUAAAGCACACACCAACAUCCACUUCUCAGUCAUGCACCCUGGCUGGGUAGACACACCAAUGAUUGCAAAUGCAAUGCCAGACUUCCACAGCUCAAUGAAGGAGCGUCUGAGGACACCGGAGCAGGGGGCCGACACGGUGGUCUGGCUCGCACUCGCUGAGGCUGCGACCACCAAGCCCAGUGGCAAAUUCUUCCAGGAUCGAAAGAUGGUUUCAGCCCAUCUGCCGCUGGCCUGGACUCACAGCUCACAACUGGAAGACCAGAAGUUCAUGAGCGUCAUGGAGGAGUUAGCGAAGAGCUUCCAACCCCACUGAACUCCUCAACUGUUGCAUAUAAAUAAGAAAGGAGAAAAACAUACAUACACGCACACUUUGUUAAACUCAGCGUUCAACUUCUUUUAUUCACAAAAAGCAUGUUCAACACGUACAAAUUAACAUGUACAAACAAUGUACAAUGAUGCAGCUCAGCUAAAUAACCGACAAACCAAGAAACAACAAAAAAAAGCACUAACACACACACACACACACACUUCUAGUGUUUAACACAGGUUAGCGUUUUUAAUGGAUGUCUAAUCAUUUUAAUUCACAUUAAAUGUCACGUUUCCACUGGAACUCUCAGUGUGAAGCUCUUGGUGUCUUGUGUGGUUAAGUCAUAAAUGUGUAAAAUUAGUCCAAUAAAUAAACAGUUGCUUUACUCUACAAAUCUCUACUCCUCUUGCUACAGAUGCCCACCUUUCCCUGAUAGCUUUGAAUGACCACGGCCACCGGUUCCCCCGGUGCUGUGGCGAUGCCGUGGCGGUGACAUCUACAAUUCGGGUCAACCAGGUGGGAACCUGCUCUGAUCAAAGUCACCGCAAGUGUCAAUCACUCACUGAAGGGCCUAGAGACACUAAGCUGACUGAUAAACCUGUCUAUCACAACAUCCCUGUACCAUACAUCAUUUCUAAAAAAAGCUACCUGAGAACAUCCUGCUAAAGAUAACAGUUAACAUCUAUCUGGUCAUGUGCUGUAUAUACAGUAUAACUCUCCAGACCAGCAGGUGGCAGUAACUGAGCUUGUUUCUUCUGUCUUCGUGUUAGAAUUCCCUGUCAUUUCAUAUUAAAAGCUUUAUGGUUGUAUCGUAUUCAAAGUACAGAAAAAGUGCAAUCUGAAGUAGCUACUACUGUGGACACUGAUCAUAAACUAGCUAGCUAUGCUAACCCAACAUUCCUACAGGCCAUUUAAUCGGAUUUACAGCAUAGCUAACUAGCUUUCACACACAACACACAAAAAGAUGUAAAUCAGAGUGUUUUAAGACAAAGAGGAGCUGCGUCUGUGGUUAAAGGUUAAAGGCGCUACAUUUAAAAUAAACAUCCACCCAAACGUCCAUCUCUACUCUUAUGUUUUUGUGGACCAACACCAGAACAUCUUAACUAAGAGAAAUGACUUGGUUAUGAAGCUCCAGUGAAGCGGAGGUGUUGGGUGUUUGAAGGCUGUCAGGUAAGGCGUUAGCCUAAAUGCUAACCUAAGAGACUUACAGGGGAAUAUAAAUCAUUUCAAGUAAUUUCUCUGAGUUGGUGUUGGUUCCCUUCACAAAAUGUCAAGAGCUUACAUCCAUAUGGAUGUUUGGAAUUGUUUUAAAUAUUAAUAUAGCGUCUUCAAGCUCAGAUUCAGCUACUUUUCUUUGGAAGGUGGUGGAUGUAAGUUUUAACACAAAGUAAACAAAGCUGGCCCCUCUAUUAUCUGGUCAGAUUGCUCCACUAAUAUCCAAGGCUAGGCUUGAACAUCAAAUUAUUCACCACAAAGGACUGAGUAUAGAAUAUUGUUUAAUUCUCACGAAAACUUCUUUUAGUAAUGUAAGUAAUGUAAGUGAUUGUAUUCAACUGUGUGAGGUAAAGUGAAGUUAGCUAACACUGAUAGCAUGGUGCUCAUAGUGGUUCUAGCUAGUACAAAUGAAUAAUUAGCAUUUUUGUAGUGAAGAUAUUUGAUAAAACAUUAAAGACCACUGAAUUAAAGUGACUUCAGCAUAUUAAAACUAUAAAAAGCUGUGCAGUUAAUGCAUGCUUGAGUUUAUAUUACAAAAAGUACAUGAAAUAAAAAAGGAAAGUGGGGGAUUUAUUAGCUUAAUGCUAAUUUAGCUUUGCAAAAAUUUCAGAGCUAGCAGCAAUUAACACUAUGGUAGCAUUGGCAAUAGGACAAAUAAAGGGUGUUUUUCAUCAUUACACAGCUGCAAUGAACUGAGCAGAUCUCAUGCUUGGUGUACUUUAUGUUUGCCAAAAUUUAAUGUUGGUGAAAAUAUUUUGUGUCGUAUUGCUUCCAACAGUCAGCUUGGUGUGUCAGAGCCCCAUGAACCCAGGGAAAGGAAAAUUAAUUUCCUGAUUAAUUAUUUUUUAGUUUUUUUUUUAUGUAAUCAGAGUAACUGUGAAUCAGAUUUGUGCUGUGGAAUUUGCUACUGAUGUUGACGUAACUGCUCUGUGUUCUAGUAAGUCAAAGUCAUUUUUGUGCAAAAUUAAUAAAUGCCUACAUAACUACA